GUCCGGAGCCACAAGGAAUGCAAGUGGUGUGAGUCUCAUUCCUUCAAUGCGACAUUGCGCCAACUCUCUCCCUCCCCCACUUGGACACUGCCCGCCGCUGCCGAGGAUCGACACCGCUAGCUGCUGCAUUGGCUUCAGGCUCAAGGUCGAUGUUAGGCCUAUCUUGCUUAAACUCUACAGUAGUCCAGAUGAGUUAUUAAUAGAGUCUGGGGCAGAUUUGCUGCUUUUUAUUGAUUUAUUAAAUAUUAUUAUUAUCAUUCUCUUUUCCUCAUCAUUGCAGAAUGACUAGGACUACCAAAGUAUCAUGGUGAAACGGUACCUUCUUCGUCUUUUGUUGCCUUACUAUCCGUACACAGGAGACCUAGCUUGAAGCCGGCCACCCAAUACAAAGUACCAAUUAGAUAGAUAGUACUUAGUCUCUUAAGUC